AUGCAGGACACCGAUAAUUUCUCUUUAACGGAAAGCGUCUUCGACUACGAGUAUGAGAACGGUAGACGGUACCAUGCCUACCACGCGGGUGAAUAUCCGCUGCCCAACGAUGAGAAAGAACAGGACCGGCUGGAUAUGCAGCAUCAUCUCUACACGCUCCUCUACGACGGCGAUAUCUACCGUGCUCCCAUUUCCAAGGACAUAAAAUAUGCCUUAGAUAUUGGCUGUGGCACAGGAAUUUGGGCGAUUGAGUUUGCUGAUAAAUUUCCUAAUACUGAAGUCAUAGCGACCGAUCUUUCCGCCAUACAGCCCGGAUUCGUUCCGGAAAAUUUGCAAUUCGAGGUUGAUGAUGCUGAGGAUGAGUGGCAAUUUAGUCAUACUUUUGACUACAUACAUCUUGGAACUCUGGCAGGAAGCAUAGCGGACUGGCCACGCUUACUACAACAAGCAUAUGACAACUUGGCCCCCGGAGGGUGGAUAGAGCUCAUUGACUUCGAGGCAUGGGCAUCCACAGAUGAUGACAGUCUUCCCCCGGAUUCGGCAUAUGCUCAAUUUCAGACACUGUUAGCCGAUGCGGCCAGGAAAUUUGGCAAGGAACUUAAUCUAGCAGCACGGUUUCGUGAGAUGGUAGAAGAGGCUGGGUUUGUUAAUGUCGUGGAUGAGCGUCGAAAGGCGCCUCUAUCGCCCUGGCCCGCGGAUCCGAGGCUGAAAACUCUCGGGGAAUACAUGCGAAUCGUCAUGGCUGACUCUCUUGAGCCUUAUUGCCUAGCUCUAUUCACCCGAGUACUGGAUUGGAACAACACGAUGAUUCAGGCUCAGCUUGCUGGUGUGCGGCAGGAUUUGAGGAAUAUGGACUUUCACAUCCAUACUACUGCCCAUUGUGUUUACGGACAAAAGCCAUUCUCAUGACCGUUACGAAUAUUUAAUUAGCGUUUCAAUUUGUCGAAGC